CGGGGAGGCACUGGGCACAAACAUCGCAAACGCGGCGCAGUGGUAGCUGGGGUAAUAACUUGCAUUGUAGAAGAAGACAUAGGGAAAAAGAGAGAAAAUUCUUUUUUUCCUUCAUUACCUACCACUCCCUACUGUUUGCAGAAUUCCCUCCUCUAUUCCCUGCCCUCCCCCCUCCUCCUGCUAUUCAUUCCCCUCCCCCUCUCUUGUUGUUGCUGUUGUUACAAUUGCUACUCUCUCGGAGAGAGGGUCAUGUCUAGCGUGCAGCCGCAGCAGCUCCCCGGCGGCUGCCUGGAGAGGAUGGCGGCCAGGAGGACGUACCCCCUCCACGCCAGGACGGCGGUCUGCCGGAGCCUCUUCGGCCCGAUCGACCACGACGAGUUGCGGCGGGAGACCAAGAGCAAGCUGCGGGAGAUCAGCGAGCGGGACCGCAGGCGGUGGAAUUUCAACUUCGCCACCGACACGCCGCUGCAGGGGGGCGAGUACGAGUGGGAAGAAGGCGGCGACGAUGUGCCCGCUUUCUACCGCGAGAGCGUGCACCGGAGCAAGCCGCGGCUCCAGUGCCCCGUCCCGGAGUCCUGUCAUUCGGGCACCGACGGCAGCGACCCCGCCGCCGCGCUGGACGGCAAUGCGGACUCAGCCGGCCUGGCCCACCGCUUGUUAGGGCUAGAAGGCAACGAGACCAACCAAGAGAACCGCACGGAUAACUUGCACUCAGGAAUCAAAGCGGGCAGAGCGCCCUGUUUGCGCAAAAGGAACUCCACAGCACGAAUCACAGAUUUUUUCGCCAAGCGAAAGAAGACGGUCGGAUCUAAAGCUUCCAGUGAGAACGCGUCUCUCUCGGGGGUGCCCGGGGAACAGACUCCGCGGAAGAGAAUACGAUAAAAGAGAAGGAAGGGGCAAAACCCAGAAGGACAAAACAAAAAAAAAUAUUUGCACUCCACUUUUUUUUUAAAUAAAAAGACGAAUUGAUCAAUAAAAGAAGUGGCUGACGGCGACGAUCACCAUCUUGACUACUCCUCAGACUUUGCAAAAAGCAUAGGACACUGAUCCAGGAAUUCCGAAGAGCGAAGGGGACUCGCCGUCUUUCGGUUUUUUUUUAUACGGAAUAAACACACAGUACAUGUAGCAACCCAACCUCCAGUGGCACUCCCACUGCAGCAGUGUUAAGGAACACAGCGUGCAAUUUCAACUUUUUUUGCAUUGUGUCUACACUGUCCAAAGUGUAAACGUUUCACAAUGAGUAUAUUACGGGCAAAAAUAAGUUCUAAGUAGUUCUGCUGAUUAUAUCGCAGUACGACUCCAGAUGUAUAUUUGUAAAAUACAAAGGCUUAUACUAACUUAUAUUUCCUAUUUAUGUUAAGAAUGGUUUGGACCAGUUGUGACACCCAAUUGUCCCCUAACAAAGGGAACUAAAAGAGUAAUCUUGACUCGCUUUAUUUACAAACUAUGUAAUUUUUUUAUUUUUUUAGUAUGUGCCUUGCGUUCACAUCUUGUUUGUAUCUAAAAUGUUUAGGUUACUUGAAGGUGAGCAUAGGUCCCAUGUUUUGGUUUCUGAGCCGUUUAAUGUACCACUGCCACGUUUGUGUGUUGGUAAAAAUUUUGGAAUUACAAAGUGCAUUUCUUGUUUCCGCUGAAUAAACGAAUACAGUUUAAUUAUG